CCAAACUCAAUCAUCAUCACAACAUAUAUUGCACCACCUCCUUUCCCUCUGGCACCCAACAUUGGCCAGCCCCAGGAAACAAUGGAAGACCAUGAAUCCUCUGCUCUUGCUACUGUGAUCAUAGAGAGGGCGGAGGUGGACACCACCCGUCCCUUCCGCUCUGUGAAAGAGGCCAUCGCAGUCUUCGGUGAACGUCUUCUCUCAGGCGAUGCUUAUUCUCAGAAGACCAUCUCGAACGCCAAGAUCGACAUAGCUCCAAAGCCAAUUUAUGCACUGCCAGCUCCAAAGCCUAUCUACUCAGCAUCUUCUUCACCACCUUCUUAUACUUCUUCUGCAUCACAGUUCAAUCAAGAAAGGGAAGAUGAGCUCAUAAUCUUCAGCUCUUUGAAGAAGUUGGAGGCAGAACUGGAGGAAACAAAGCGAGAGUUGAUGCUGCUGAAGGAGAGGGAGUCUGAGAUGGAGAUUGCGGUCACCGCUCUCAAUGCGCAGCUCCAGAGAAGCUUGUCUAAGUUGGCAGAGAUGGAGGCAACAAAAGCAGCAGAGGACAGUAUGGCUAUAGAAGCUCAGUCUAACAAAGUUCGAAGUGAUCGAUGGGCAGAGGAGAGGACCAGGGAUCUUGAAGCAAAGUUUGAUUACUUGCCCACUCUGGCUCAAGCACUGAGCCUUGGGGGAAUUGAAGAUGACUUUGGUGGAAGAAAGAAACGGAAGGUGCCAAAGAAGAAGCCUAUCAUUCCUCUCAUUGGAGAUAUGUUUUCAAGGAAGAAGGCUUCUUUUGAUCUCAACAAUUCCCCAUAUUCCCCGUCCUGCAAUGGUGUGCUAAGUUAAAAAGCAUUGCAAGAAGUUUGAGUGUUUGUUUUAUGUUUUCCUUCUUUUUUCGUGUGAUGUAAAAUUGGCAAGGGGGGCCUUGUCAGAU